UGUCGUUUAGUCGGUUAACUCCGAAUAUGACAGUCCCCCAGUCCCUUGUCUCUCGCACAACGAAACUACUGAACCUCCGAAGCACCAAAACCACGGGCGCAAGCACAGUCACAACCAACCCAUGGAACGCUCACCUAAGAGAAAUGGCAAAUCAACGCCAAUUCGUCCAUGCCCUCACCCUCUACCGCCAAAUGCUCCGCUCUGGCGACUCACCCGAUGUCUUCACCUUCCCUUUCGUUCUCAAAUCCUGCGCCGCCCUCUCUCUCCCAAUCUCCGGCGCACAGCUCCACUGCCACGUUAUCAAAACCGGGUGCAAACACGAACCCUUCGUGCAAUCUUCAUUGAUUUCGAUGUACGCCAGAUGCUCCUCUGUUCAGUAUGCACGCAAAGUGUUCGAUGAAAACGGUGAAUCAAGUAAUCGAACUGAUUGUUACAAUGCUCUGAUAUCUGGAUAUACGUUUAACUCGAGAUUUCAUGAUGGGUUCGCGUUGUUUCGUAAGAUGAGGGAGGCAGGUGUCUCGGUUAAUUCAGUUACGAUGUUGGGGCUAGUACCUUUGUGUACGCUUCCCGAGCAUUGGUGUCUUGGGUUGUGUCUUCACGGUUGCUGUGUUAAGUUUGGGUUGGACACUCAAAGCUCUGUAGCAAACUGUUUGCUGACAAUGUAUGUGAAAUGUGGGGCAAUUGAUUAUGCGCUAGAGUUGUUCAAUGCGAUGUCUAAUAAGGAUUUAAUUACUUGGAAUGCAAUGAUUUCUGGGUAUGCUCAAAAUGGGUUGGCUACCCAGGUUUUGGACCUUUAUCAUAAGAUGAAGUUGAGUGACGUUCAUCCUGACCCUGUGACAUUUGUUGGGGUUCUCUCAUCUUGCACAUACCUUGGUGCCCAAAAGUUUGGUACUGAGGUAGACCGUCGGAUACAGAGCAGUGGAUUCAGCUCCAACCCUUUUUUGUGCAAUGCCCUGAUUAACAUGUAUGCUAGAUGUGGUAAUUUGGAAAAGGCUCGCAGUAUAUUUGACCAUUUGCGUGAGAAAAGUGUAGUUUCAUGGACAGCCAUCAUAGGUGGGUAUGGAAUGCAUGGACAUGGAGAAAUUGCAGUGCAGCUCUUUGAUGAAAUGGUUAGGACAGGAAUUAGACCCGAUAAAGCAGCUUUUGUGAGUGUUUUGUCCGCGUGUAGUCAUGCUGGACUAACUGAUAAAGGCUUGGAUUAUUUUGCUGCAAUGGAGAUGAAUUAUGGGUUGCAGCCAGAACCAAUGCACUACUCUUGUGUGGUGGAUCUUUUAGGCCGGGCAGGUCGACUUAUGGAAGCUAAGGAGCUUAUUGAGUCGAUGCAGGUGAAGCCUGAUGGUCCAGUUUGGGGGGCCCUUUUGGGUGCCUGUAAAAUUCAUAAAAAUGUACAGCUAGCAGAAUUGGCUUUUGAACAAGUCAUGGAGCUCGAUCCUACGAAUAUCGGUUAUUAUGUUUUGUUAUCAAAUAUAUACUGUGAAGCGGAGAAUUUGGAGGGAGUCUUAAAGGUUCGGGCAAUGAUGAGAAAGCGAAAGCUCAAAAAGGACCCUGGCUAUAGCUAUGUUGAAUAUGAAGGGAGAGUUCACCUUUUCUUGGCUGGGGAUAGAACUCAUCCUCAAACAGAGGAGAUAUAUAGAAUGAUGGAUGACUUGGAAAAUCUAGUAAAGGAACUUGGUGGGUUUUAUAAGAAUGAUCGAGAAAGAAGAAAUGAAGAACUUAUGAGUGGCAUGGGAGUGCACAGUGAAAAGCUUGCAAUUGCAUUUGGGCUCUUAAAUACUCGACCAGGGACAGAGAUUGUUGUGAUAAAGAACCUGAGGAUCUGUGAAAAUUGUCACCAGUUUAUAAAGUUGGUUAGCAAGAUCGUGGAUAGGCAGUUUGUUGUUAGAGAUGCAACUCGUUUCCAUCAUUUCAAGAACGGGACCUGUUCUUGCAAAGAUUAUUGGUGAAACCUUUCAGAAUAAAAAAGCCCUAGUGAAAGAGAAAAACGCCAAAAAUGUCUAAAAAUGAUGACCAUAAUGCAUGGCUACGGCAUACGGGUCAAGACUGAUUCAAGCUUUCAAAUGUAAAAAAUGGAAAAAGAAUAUUGAAAAUUCUUGCGAUUGCAGAGAAUUUAUGAAGGUGGUUGGCUGCCAAGCAAUAUUUGCUCAAAUUUCCUGCUGAACGGCUGCAGAACAAAGCCACGAAGAAAGCUAAGUUGAUACAAGUAUUUAGAAGCUGAUAACAAGAUCUUAAUUCUUUGUGAUUGGAUGUUAACACAGAUUCAAAGAGGAAGCACAAGCAAGAUUGCACCCUAUAGUAGCAGUGGAUGGGUUACGUUUGAACAAAUAACAUUCACUGGGACCGAGAAAAUUCACCAUUUUCACUUAAUUGUAUUUGCUUAUCCUAUCUUUUAAACGCUUGCAAGAGACAUGAUAGAUAGUCAAGCGGCUAUCCUAGCUUGAACAAAAAUGUUGGUUUGAGCGAUGAUGCGAGAAUGAGUAGGUCAGAGAGAGUGAGAAUUAUCAGCUCAAAUGCUUCAGGGCUCAAGGUUUGUUUAGAUGCUUUACAGGAUAUAUUAUCGAUGAAGCACUUUAAGCAUGUGUUCUAGAAAACAUUCUACUGGCAUUGUAUGGGCGCAUUGCUGAUGAAAAAGAAUGUAAAGUUUUACCUUCAA